CAGCCGCUUUCAACAGGAAUGUAAUCAAACGCUCUUGACUUGCCGAAUUCAACGGCUGCCGUGCAAAAGACAAGUGAACAAAGCUAUUCAACUAUUCUUCUAUUAUAUACCCAGUUGUUUUAUUAGCCCAGUAGAUAAUACACUCCCAUCAUCAUGUUGAUGAUUACAAAAGUGCUGGGUCUUUCGGUCCUACUGACGGCCGUCACUCUACAUGCCAAGCCCGUGUCCCGUCCGUCUCCGGGAUUCUCCUAUUUCAGCCGGAGCAACAAGUUGCUCUACAAUCACGAGAUGGUGCCCACGACGGCCAAACCGUGGCCAGGAUCAUCCGCUCAGAGGCAAAGCAAAUCGAUCGGCCCCUUGGGUAAAGAUCCAGCAGUUAUUGGCAAACCCAAAACGAGUCCCUACGGAAUGACCUUCUUCAAAGCCAAGCCCAAAAUCUUGUCUUUAUCCAUUGCCGAACGCGCUGAUAAUAAUAACAAAACAUCCGCCUCAUUAAUUUCAGCACCUGUUGCGGAAACUAAACCUGCCAAAUCGGGUCAUUACGAUCGAAAGAUUAGCCAUUUCAAAGGAUCGCAUCAUCACCACCACAGCCAAAAAGAACAUUCUGAAAUUGCAGUCGAUCAUUCCAACAAGAAAUUAUUAGAACCAUCAAUGAAAUCUGUCGGUAAUUCAACUGAGAAACAAUUGAAUGCAAACGAAACUUUGACGGAAAACCAAUCGGAGGAAGAAGGUCAAGGAGGUGAAGAUUCUUCUUCGUCGGAAGAAUCUUCGGAGGAAUCGUCGGAAGGAUCGGGUGAUUCCUCAUCGUCGUCGGAGGAAUCCUCUGAAGAAUCAUCGGAAGAAUCAUCGAAAGAAGAAGAAUCAUCCGGCGAUUCUUCCAUCGAAGGCGAAGAAGAAGAAGAAGAUGAGAAGAAGAAAGGAGAAUCGGGUAAGAAUAUUAAUAAGACGCCAGCCGGAACGGUGAUGGUCGACUCGGCGGAUGUCUUCCCAGAGAUGCAGCGCCUCCACAAGAAAUUCGGAAUCACCACCAAAGGAACUCAAUUGCUAUUCAUUUCUGGCCACCAGCACCAGGCGGAUGAGGCUAAAGAACAACCAACCACCAAUCAAACCACAUCCGGCGAUGCCACAAAAAAUAAAUCUUCCGUCAAAACGGCCACUGUGGCGUCAGCGGCGGUGGAAGUCACAACGAAAUCCGCAAUCGUCCAGGAGAAACCGAGCCGAGUGACGACAUUGGCCGGCACUCGACGCACCGACUGGUCGGCCAUCUCCAAAGUCAACAGUCAACCCAAGGCGACGCCCAGCAUCCCGUCCAGCAUCAGCCAACCGCGCAGUCCGCACUUGUUUUUUUCCGGAAUGAAUAAUAACAAAUCCGGAUCGAAUCCUGCUGCUGCCUCCGCUACUCCUCAUCGAUUUGCGGCCAAUAAAUCGAAAUCGUCAGUACCGCUGACGCCAGGUGGGACUCAAUUGGCCAAUUGGGACGACGACAAUUUCUUUCCAGCCGUGUCCAAGCCGCUCAAUCAGAAUUCCCUGCGAUUUUUUCGCUCAUCAGCGGCAGUGGCGACGGCCCGCACGGCCGUCAGCAGAACUGGUUGAAUAAUAAGACAAGGUCGACUUUCACCGAACCCCCGUUAUCAUCAUAUAUCCAGCAGCACCUAUACUACUACCUUCGUAUAUAAUAUCUAGGACAAAUUUGAUUCCCAUUGUGCGCCCAAUUGUUUUCCCUUUUUUUUAAAUUUCUGAGUAACAUUUGUACGAUGUAUAUUUAUAUGUGGAACUGCAGGUCAAUUUGCGUAAUCGGCAGUCCUGAAAUUUUCUUUAGACGACACCCAAAUCUCCACACACAUGACAUUCCCUGUAGUAGCACAUUUCCGUAAAAGACAAAAGUAUUAUUCGUGUUAUAAAUCGUAGUCGAGUGUCAAUUUCUAGAUGGUCGGUUAUGUCAAAAUAUAUAGGGAGUCCCAUUUUUGUGUGUAAUCAUCCCCCCUCCCCUUAAAAAAAGUUCAAAAAUAAACGGUCAAAUUUCGAAA